GCGGGAAAAAUGGCGGAAAUGUGUGGUCCCUUUAUGCUAUCAUGACCAGCGAUUCAAAACAUUGCCUAACAAGCUUCAUCGUGAGUUUGUGUGUCACAGCUGUGUCAUUCUGCCUGAAGUUUUGGGGUGAGAGAGGAAUGCAAGAUGCAAAACGAUUCAAUGCAGUUUUCCACCUCUUGCCGCAUCAAACAAGUCAGCAAACAAGCCGUCCCUCAAGACUCCUUGGUCAAGUCGUUCCAGUGUAGUCACUGUAUUCUGAUCUUCAAAUCCAAGGUGUACCUGUUUGAACACCUCAACAAGGUGCAUGGCUUUGAUGUAGAUGCUGCUCUCACUGAAGCUGGUUUAAAGUACAUCAAGACUAACAAACCCAACCCUGACAACAGUACCAGCAGUUCAGGAAGGAGUUUUAAAUGCCAGCAUUGUGAUUUUAAAGCUUUUAGUCGGGACGCAUUAGAUCAACACGAAAAACUGUGUCAGAAAAACGUAGAAAGUCCCAACUUGGUAGGAACUGUUCCCAACUCAUUAGAAACUGUAAUCCCUUCUGAAGACCCGGACACCGCAGUAACUGAGACUUCGACAAACCAGCACGAUGAAGCCACAGAAGCAAAAGAGAUUUCCUCAGUUAUGUCUACCUCAAACACUAAAUGCUCUACUAACUCAGUAAAGGAUCUGAAAACAUACAAGAGGCCAUUGCAAACCAUCACCAAGUACUUCACAGCAUCGUCUGGGUCAAAUGGGAAGUCACCUGCAAAGGUGGCCGAUGGCACCAAAGGAACCCUGAUUUUGCAAGACUCUCCCUCAAGCUCCAGCCCAAACAGUAGCGGCGUGUUUAAAGUCACCGCAAAGUCCAUGAUCGAUAUCUCCAAAAAACAGGUUGACCAUUUCCUGAGAAAUGACCAGCUUUUGAUGACUGACUUCACAUCGCUGAAGCCGAAGGAGCAUUUAAGCGAAAGACCUCCUAACAACGCUAGCAAAAGGCCCAAUAAUGAAAGUUCAGAAAGUUGUCCAGCUAAAAAAGCAAAAGUAGAUAAAGAAGAGACUUGGAUCCCAGAGAAAGAACAUAAAAGUGACCAACUUUCAUUAAGUCGUCAGUUUUCAUUUGAUAUCAGUGAUGAUGAAGAAGAAAGGGGUGAUCUGGUGAAUGGAGACGCAGAGAGCACCGACGUUUACGCCUGUAAGCACUGUGACUACAGGGACGUCGGCCUGAAGCGUCUGUGUGUCCAUUACCACGACAACCACCCCUACGUCAGAUAUAAUGCCGUCUACAUUCAGGACGCUUAUGAUCAGAGCGCGACCUUUCGCUGCCUCCAGUGUCCAGUUAAGUUUUUAAGCACAGCUGACCUCAAGUGGCACUACAUGGAAAACCACCCAGAGGCUCCAGAUGUGUUCAUGAUGACAUCGUCUCAGCUCAAUUUGGUUUUCAGAUGUUUUGUGUGUCCAUUUACCGCCAACGCAGUGAGAGUCCUGAAAGAACAUUACAUAGAAAAGCACCCGGCACAUAAAGUGGACAGUUCCUUGUUCUACUGCCGAUAUUCUGUGACUGAAGGGCAGGAAGAAACAUCUUCAUGUGGUUCCCGUGAAAAAACAGCCCAUUCAGAAAGAUUAGCAGAAAGAUCUCCUGAGAGAUCCCGUACACCGUGUACAGAAGACAAAAAUGCAAUUCCACCCCAACAGCCCACCUCCAGAGGAGCAGACGUGGCCUUGUACACUUGCACCAACUGUACGUUUAGCCACAAGUCAGUCAUUGUCAUGCAUGUUCACUACCAAAAAAGCCACCCAGGUGAGGAAAUUACACUCCAAAAAAUCAAACAGUCAGCUUGUGUCACGUCCCCCGCAGCAUCAGAGAAGACAUCUGAAAAGUCUUCAAAUUCUGGGGCAGUAACGGAAAACUCUGCACCUCCAAAGAACAUCUCAAGCUCUUCAAAGAAGUCAAAAGACAAAGCUGAGGUGACGCAGCAAAAGAAAACGUCGUCACUCGUGGAAAACCCUGAAUGCAAAGUAGAAGCGUCUGAAAAUAAUACUGCGUCUUCCGUAACUAAGAAAGUGGAGUCUGUGAAGGACAGGAGCAAGAGAAAAAAGUUUUCCACCAAAUAUGACUUGGAAGGAAGGAUGGACAGUUUGUCGUCCAGUUCAUCGGAUAGAAUAUUUUACUGCCAGUUUUGCAGUUACAGUAGUGUCAGUGUCAGAAGUGUUGUUGGUCAUCAUAAUGCAAAACACUCUAUGGAUGCACCAAUAGGGACUGAUGACAUUGUGUGGUACAGUGCUGAGGUGCAGAAAAUGAAACUUGAAAUGAAAGCCUCAAAAAGUCCUCCACCCUCUCAUUCUAAAACCAGCGAAAAAAUGGAGGCGUGCAGUGAAACUAAAGUUCAGGAUAAAGAGGACACUGAGGCAGAUGCUUCUGUGGCACAAUUCAAUCCUUAUGCGUGUGCAGAAAACCUGUUUUACUGCCAGAAGUGCAACUUUGGAAAUCCAUCUGUAAAAGGAGUAAUUAACCAUCAAGCCAAAACUCACCAACGCAUUAAUACCAGCCGUGAACUAGUUCUGGAAUACUCGGCGUCAGUUCAUGCGGAAAUUAAAAAGUCAAAAUCCAAUGCAAAGGAGUUCUCCUUCUUCACUGAUCUACCUCUUCCUCUCAUGAAUGCCGGCGACGAACGUAUGUUUUUCUGCCACUUCUGCAACUACAGAAGCAGCACUGUAAAAGACGUGCUGCGCCAUUACUCCAAAACACAUCGUGGGUUUGAGAUCAGGACCACGCAGAUCCAACUGUACACUUCUAUGAUUCUGAGACGGACACAAAAGUCACACCUGAGACCAACUGCAGAGCCAGAAGUUAGUCAGGAACCACCAGAGAAACUGGAAGUUAGCGAGAAAAAAACAUCCUCCUCCCCGCCGUCAGUGGAAGCCUCGCAACCUCAGAGGACCCUCCAGUGCUAUAGAUGCUGUUACAGUACGCCAUACGUAUAUCUUUUGAAGAAGCAUAUAAGGAAGACUCACCAGACAAUACGCUCAGUCACAGAGGUUUUAAGAGUGUACUUUAGACGAGGAAUACUGCAGUCAGGCUACCACUGUGAGUUUUGCGUUUUCUCUCACGAAAACGCAGCAGCAGUCUACAAGCACUACCGGGAAAAACACACGGGUUCUAAGACCAGCUUCGAGUACAUCAGUAAACGGUUGUAUGUCGGCCCCAGUGUAAUUUUUCCUAAGAGGAAGAAGCCGAAGCUGAUGCACUCUGAUGGCAUUCGUGGUGGUGAUGCUCAUGAUGGCAACUUGACAUCCCAAAGACCUGGACAAAAGGAAACGUAUUCGUGCCGUGCUUGUGCUUUCAAAGGUAGCUCGAUGUUGAGUGUUGCACGGCAUUACCGGGCCGUUCACGCUUUGUCUGCAAAACAAGAGGACGUGGAUCUCCUCCAGAGCAAGAAGACCAGUGCAGACAGCCAGAAGGAAGACCACGAUGAAAUGCCUGAGUUAUUUGAUUCCUACCAAGUGCCUCUUGAAUUUGACAAGUCAUCCAGUGAAGCAAUGUUCAAGUGCCUUUUCUGCUCCUCAAGUUUUGCUACCAAGCAUGGCCUCAGCGUUCACUGUGGAAUAAAACACAACGAAAGUGUACCUGCAGAUUCAGAAGAAAAGCAAAAACCACCAGUGCAAACUGACUCACGCGUGCAUGUCUUUAAGUGUCCAUAUUGUACCUACGUCAACACCAUUUACCAAGGAGUUCUCACUCACUGCCAGAUGAAACAUCCAACCCUCCAGUCCAGGGCCGACAGCCUCCACGUGGACUCGACAUACGUACAAAACUUGGAUGACUGCUCAAAAAAGAACGGUCCUGGUGAGUCCGUGCGAUUUAGCGGGCACAUGUGUGAAAGCUGCCCACAAAUCUGUGCAACGCUGAACAAACUCAGCAAGCACUGUGAGAAGGACCACGACGGCGCCGUGGCUGGCGGUGUGCAGAGCACGCUCACACCGUCAGCCGUCAGCAAAAUAAUGAUAUCCAAGUCCUACAGCACUCAGGGAUCCGUAUCGAAGGCUUCCUUUCUAAGUAAGAAAAUAAAUGCCAUACUUCGGUGCCAGCAGUGUUCUUAUUCCUGCAGAACGAAGCCUGAGCUCAGUCGACACUUGCGUGUUCACCACAAGAAUGCCAUUUCAAAGGAUCGCGUGUACAAGUGCGUCCUGUGCUCCAAAAUCUAUUUUAUGACGAAACGUCUUGCAGGACAUUAUGCUAAGAAACACGGAAAGGAAGCCUACCUGAAAUACUACAUACCCAUGUACAAGCAGGGUUUUGAGAAGCCAGUGCCAACAUCACCUGACCGCACGUCACCUCAGCAACCACAAGACACCUCUGAGCCGCCUGAUUCAAACACAACCACGGAUGAGAACAAAAUAUUAGUGUACAGAUGUCCCAGCUGUCCAUAUGUGAAUGCCAGCUACCAUGGAACUUUGACUCACUGCCAGAUGAAGCACCCAGCGGUGAUCGCCAGAGCAGAUGAGCUUCAAACGACGGAAAUACUUCUAACCAACAUGGUCAGGUGUACAAUUGGAAAAGGCUCCAAUGAACGAGGGUACAAGUGUAAGAAAUGCCCACAGAUUCAUGCAUCGUUGGGAAAAUUGAGAAUCCACUGUGAGCGGGACCACGGCGGGGCGGCGGUUUUCGAGGCGUCGCCUGACACUGAACCCGUUCACGACUCUCAGGCCUCGGUACCAGAAGCCGUCUCUUUAAAAGACGAAACAUCAGAAGUGAACAUCACAGAAUCUGAAGACAGUUUUCAGCCUGACACUCCUGCUGAGACAUGUCAGUCAAACUCGCCGCCAGCGCCGAACAAAGGACGAUUGUACAAGUGCCGCAUGUGUUCCUACGCAGGAUCGUGUCGGAAGUACCUGUACUGUCACUUAAAAAAGACUCACAAACUGGAUGCACUCAGCACAUACAGGCUGCUGGAGAGUUACAACAAACGUAAACGCAAGAUGCCCGGCGAGCUGACUGUGGCCGCCGAACCCGAGGAAAGUGCAAAUGUCAAAUGUAAGAUGUGCCCGGACUUAAUGUGGGACUCACCGCAGUUGCUUCUUGAUCACUACAACACUUUUCAUGGCUUGGACUGCAAAGUGGACUUCACUGUGUUGUCGAAUGGAUCACAGAAGAAGAAGAGCACAGGGAUUUACAGAUGCUCCCACUGCGCGACAGUGUUAUAUGGAAUUAGGAAGCUUGGCCCUCAUCUGGACCGUCACGCCCCAGAGAGGAAAGAGAACACGAUGGCGGCAAAGAGACAUCCAUCUCUCGUCAUCACUCCGAAACCGGAGCCCAAAUCCGUCCAAGUUAGCGGGACAGAUGAGCUUCCCACCCUGGAGACGGUGGAGGAGCUCACCCGGUGGAACGUGACCCCAGUGAAGACCUUCACUUUGCCCACCAGUCCUCAGCUGUCACCUUCAAAGCUCCCGGACGCAGAGCAGCUGGAGGUGGAGUCGAGAGAAGACGAGCACGCUUGUCAGCAGUGUGGGCGCACAUUCAGGUCAAUGAAAGGUCUGCGUGCACAUGUGCGCAGCCACGCAGCCCUGGCAGCUAUCAAGAAACUGAACAAGCCGUCCACCUCAGCGCUGAAGAUCAACAUUAACAAAUUCAUCAUCCACAAAUCUGGAACUGUGAAGCCUUUCCUGUGUGGCUUGUGUUCCUAUCGGACCACCGUCAUGGGCCUGUGGAGGAGCCACUUUAUGAAGAAACAUAAAGAUGUUCUCAUGGAUCCGGCUGAGGCUCACUGCGAUGAUGAUGAGGAGAACGGCCAGUGGACCGACAAGGACUCUUCUCAUGUGUCAGAGGGUGUCAACGGUUUCCCUGAAUUCGAUGAAGAAGCUGAACUGGCUGAAGAAUCGAUGUACCUGGAGCCUCCAGAUGUGCAGCGGCAGCUCAACCACUACAACUUCAUGGCGCGGAGCAGCGCCAGAUCUAAAGCCAGCGUGCACGAAUCAAAGUUACCUGAGAACAGCGUGUUCUACUGCGAGUUCUGCAAUUUCAACUCUGGACACCUGUCCAGCAUCAGACGGCACUACGUCAGCCGGCACGGCAAGAAGAUCUUCAAGUGUAAAGACUGCGACUUCUUCACUGGUUUGAGGAAAACCCUGGAGCGGCACAUAGAAACAGGCCACUCUAGCUGCCCGUCAGAACCUCCUCAUCAGAUGGACCUGCGCUGCCCGUUCUGCCUCUACCAGACCAAGAACAAGAACAACAUGAUCGAUCACAUCGUCUUGCAUCGCGAGGAACGCGUCGUGCCGAUAGAGGUGCGGCGCUCAAAGCUGUCACAUUACCUUCGAGGCGUCGUCUUCCGCUGCCAUAAAUGCACUUUCACGAGCGGCAGCGCCGACAGCCUGCGUCUGCACAUGACGAGGCACGAUGACAUCAAACCCUACAAGUGCCGGCUGUGCUACUUCGACUGCACUCGGCUGGGCGACUUGGAGGAACACCUGAGCGAUAAGCAUCAGGUGAGGACUGGCGCCCUGACCGCCGUGGACGGAGCUGCUGAAGUCCAGCGUUCGUCGCUCUCCGAGGACAAACCGUUCACUUGUCAGUUUUGUGGCCGGAACCUCCUGAGCAGCUCUGAACUGAAGCGUCACGUCAUGCGCCACGGGAUGUGA